GUCAAAUAAAACUAGAGUUUUUUUGUUCUAAAUAGGAUUAAAUUGUUCCUGAAAUUCCAAAACAGGAGUAUGUAUAAUUUUAUUCCCUAAAUGGGACUAGAUUACAUAUUUACCCCUAUUUUUUACCUCUUUUGCCCUACGCACACGGUCCAGACUUCUUUCUCACUUGCGCAUCUUAUCUUUCCUCCCCUGCGCAUCUUUUCCAUCCGUUGCACACCUUCUCAUCUAGCUGCACAUCUUCUUCUCUUCUUCAAACAAGAACGAUCAAACCUAGAAGCCCAAUCUGCCAAUCAUAGCCAUCGCGCCGCCACCGGAAAGUUCACUGCCGUCACUCGCCGGCGUAGAUCGAUUUUCCUUCUCCAUAGGUACUUUCAAAGUCCGCCGUCGUUGAUUCGAAGUUUGCCGCCGCUGAUUCGAAGUCCUCCGCCGCCGAUUCAAAGUCCACUGCCGUCGCCGCCGGAGGUUUUCUUCUCUUCUUCGAAGAUACCGGAUUAGAUAUGACGGUGGCCAGAUCUACAAAGAAAGCGGAUGGUGGCCGGCAAAGCUAGAUUGGACCAGAUCUCCGGCGGCGGCCGCCAGAUCUGCAGAGGCGGCAACCACAUUUACAGCGGCAGCAAUCAGAUCUACACUGGCGGGCGGUUUUGAGGUGGCGGCGACGUCUGGCGACCAGCGGCGACCGGCGAUCGACGACCGACGGUGGUCUGAUGUUCUAGUCGGCAGUAUCAUUACCAAGCUCAAGGGUGUUUUUGUCUAAUUAGAAAUAAUAACUCCUAUAUAGGGGAUUUUUAAACUUUAG